AUGGAUACAGUGGACUCUAGGAUAGAACGUAGACAAUUCUCUUCGGAUGUAGCAUUAGCAGCAAACUGGUUGACAAGGACAUGUUGUCAUUAUGUCCUUUGGGCUUUAGUCACCACCAGCACCACAAGCACCAAAACGUUGACCACGACCACCACAACCAUCAGAACCAAGACUACGACCACCACAACCAUCAGAACCAAGACUACAACAUCCACAACCAUCAGAACCAAGACUACAACAUCCACAACCAUCAGAACCAAGACUACAACCACCACAACCAUCAGCACCAAAACCCUCAUAACUACAUCAAUUAUCAUCACCACAACAGCCACCAGAAUCAGCAUCCCAACUAUCACAACCCCUAUAACCAUCGCCAACACAAUCACAACAUCCAACAGAACCAUCACCAACACAAUCACAACAUCCAACAGAACCAUCACCAACACAAUCACAACAUCCAACAGAACCAUCACCAACACAAUCACAACAUCCAACAGAACCAUCGCCAACACAAUCACAACAUCUAACAGAACCAUCGCCAACACAAUCACAACAUCCAACAGAACCAUCACCAACACAAUCACAACAUCCAACAGAACCAUCACCAACACAAUCACAACAUCCAACAGAACCAUCGCCAACACAAUCACAAAAUCCAACAGAACCAUCACCAACACAAUCACAACAUCCAACAGAACCAUCACCAACACAAUCACAACAUCCAACAGAACCAUCGCCAACACAAUCACAACAUCUAACAGAACCAUCGCCAACAAAAUCACAACAUCCAACAGAACCAUCACCAACACAAUCACAACAUCCACCAGAACCAUCGCCAACACAAUCACAACAUCUAACAGAACCAUCGCCAACACAAUCACAACAUCCAACAGAACCAUCACCAACACAAUCACAACAUCCAACAGAACCAUCACCAACACAAUCACAACAUCCAACAGAACCAUCACCAACACAAUCACAACAUCCACCAGAACCAUCGCCAACACAAUCACAACAUCUAACAGAACCAUCGCCAACACAAUCACAACAUCCAACAGAACCAUCACCAACACAAUCACAACAUCCAACAGAACCAUCACCAACACAAUCACAACCAAUACAACGACAAUCAUAAUCAGAACCAUCACAAUCCCCUCAACUAUCAUUAUCAACACAACACCACCACAACACCCAUCAUUACCACAACCAUGA